UCAAAACGUUAGACGUGACAGUAGGCUACUCAGAACUCCUGUUUAGAGUUUGACACUAAAAUAGAAAAGCCUAGUUUUCCGAUUCAUUCCAGCUAGGCUAAUGCUAACACGCCCAUCUGUGCGCUUUCAGAGGAAUUAAACGAGGGCUAUUGUAAUAACAGCAUAUUGCAAUGGUCACCUUUAAGUCAGUCCCUGUUUUAGCACCUUUCUGAUGAAAAAAGGGACAGAUCAGCUAUUAAAGGCGCAAGAGGAACAUAUCCACUAUGAAGGCGGAAUGCAGCUCCGUCAAAGAGUUUAACGAACUGACACUAACCAUUCACAUUACCUGGGGGAACCGUGACCUGACGGAGUAGCGUAGUCUACCCUUUGGCCGCUCGACCAAUCAUUCGUGCUCUGCUAUUUGGCUAGGCGGUUGGCACCGGGAGAAGAAGACGAGAGAUUGUGUCUAUUUUAUUUAUUCAAGUCAUCACCCGUUCCUGAAGCCACAUAUCAAGCAGUAGCGCCUUUAUAUUUUGUGUCACCAUACAGACUUGUUUCGCUAUUUGUCUGUUGCGUGCAUGCUCAGUUCCUGCACCGGCCGUUAAUAGAUAGGCGAAGGGUUCCGUCUUACCGACACUGGGAAACGGGUUAAUGUCAGCAUGAGCGGUGGUGUAUACGGCGGAGAUGAGGUAGGUGCACUGGUGUUUGACAUCGGUUCCUUCUCCACACGGGCAGGUUAUGCAGGAGAGGACUGCCCCAAAGCUGACUUCCCCACCUCUCUGGGAGUGCACAUAGAAGAGGAGGGGUCAGAUGAGACGGAGGCGGGGCAAGAGAGUUUGGUUGGGCGGAGCUUUCACAUAGACACACCCGCUCUACAUGUGCCCCGAGCAGGAGUGGAGCUAAUCUCACCGCUGAAGAAUGGCAUGAUUGAGGACUGGGAGGCAUUCCAGGCCAUUGUGGAUCAUGUAUACAGCAAAUACAUCAAAUCAGAGCCCAACCUACACCCUGUGCUCAUGUCUGAGGCCCCAUGGAACUCUCGUGUGAAGAGAGAGAAGCUUACUGAGCUGAUGUUUGAGCACUACAACAUACCUGCCUUCUUCCUGUGCAAGACUGCCGUUCUCACUGCCUUUGCUAAUGGCCGUGCAACAGGACUGGUGUUGGACAGUGGAGCUACACACACCACCGCCAUCCCAGUGCAUGAUGGGUAUGUCCUGCAGCAAGGUAUUGUUAAAUCUCCCUUGGCUGGAGACUUCAUCACGAUGCAGUGCAGAGAACUGUUCCAGGAGAUGAAUAUUGAGAUCACACCACCUUAUAUGAUCGCUUCCAAGGAACCGGUAAGAGAGGGUGCGCCUCCAAACUGGACUAAGAAAGAUAAACUCCCUCCAGUUUCAAAAUCGUGGCACACUUACAUGUGCAAUGAGGUGAUUCAGGAUUUCCAAGCAUCUGUUCUGCAGGUGUCUGACUCCCCCUAUGAUGAGCAGGUGGCGGCUCAGAUGCCAACUCUACACUAUGAGAUGCCAAAUGGCUUCACCACAGAUUAUGGAGCUGAGCGCCUACGUAUCCCAGAAGGCCUCUUUGACCCAUCUAACGUCAAGGGUUUGUCAGGGAAUACCAUGCUGGGAGUAGGUCAUGUGGUCACCACCAGCAUCGGAAUGUGUGACAUCGACAUCCGUCCAGGUCUGUAUGGCAGUGUGGUUGUUACUGGGGGCAACACACUGCUACAAGGAUUUACAGAGAGGCUCAAUAGAGAACUGUCACAGAAAGCACCGCCGAGUAUGAGGCUGAAGCUCAUAGCCAGUAACAGCUCAAUGGAGCGACGGUUCAGUUCCUGGAUAGGAGGCUCGAUACUGGCCUCACUAGGCACCUUCCAGCAAAUGUGGAUCUCCAAGCAGGAGUAUGAUGAAGGAGGAAAACAGAGUGUGGAGAGAAAAUGUCCAUGAAUGCACAAACACACACACACACACACAAACACUGAAACAGCCAUCAUACCACACUUAAGAUUCACCAUAUUUAACAUGAUCGGCUUUGCAUGAUAUUCUGUCGUGUUCAUCUGUGUCCCUGCUUCCUAAGGUCUGUUUCAUUUAUUAUUUUGUGUGAAGUUGCUAGUUCAUAUCACACAAUCUCAUACACGAACAACAUCAAAUGUAAAAAGUCUAGGCUGAAGACAAACACUAAUAAAUA